UAACUUGUCUCUCAGAGCUGACCACACCUCAGUCAUGGAAUCAUUUGAGAGACACACGGAAUCAGACUCGGAAUAUAUUGGAUAUAGAAAGGGUCGAAAACUAAUGGCUGAAAAACGGCGACGGGCGAGAAUUAACCAAUGUCUGUCCGAAAUCAAGGGCAUUGUGUGCGGGGCAGAACAACAAAACGACCCCAACUUCGAGAAGAUGGAGAAGGCUGAGAUUCUGGAGACGACUGUAGAUUAUCUGAGGAAUGUCAGGAAGAUCAACACAACACAUCAACACGUGAAAGAAGCAGUUCAAGCCAGAUUCCAACAUGGCUUCUCCAAAUGUGCUGAAGAAAUCCUCUCCUACAUCCAGUCUGUGCCGGGAGUGUCGGACAAUGUACAUCGUCAGCUGAGAAAACACAUCUCUCGACGUAUGACACACAUUCAACAGGUACCCGUGACGUCAUCAACAGAGGCUGUGACGUCAAACACAAGUCAGUGCUGUAAAAGACUGAGUUCUGCACCUUCCCGCAGUUCGCAGUAUCCAUAUCCGGCUGCGCAUGCGUAUAUAAACAGGACAGUGUGUACUUCCCCUGUGAAGGAAGACAACAGUUUCUCAGACAGUGGAUAUGCUGGUUCUCCGGACGUUAUCAAACAGACCACUCACAGAACUGGACACUAUCACAAAUCCACUCACUCCGACACAAAACUGUGCAAAGCGGAAUAUAAAAAGUCAAACACAAACUUUGACGACUCAAGGGUUAGUACGUGGCUUCAGAGCACGUGGUUCUACUCUCAACCAAUGAAAAUGGAGCCCUAUGCUCGCGCAGCCCUUCAGUCGCCGACCACGGGCGACGUUUGGCGACCAUGGUGACAAGUGAAGCAAAUAUCGUCAUGCACAUCCUGACAGAGGAUCUCACCUGUGA